AUGGGCGCGGGGAGCUUCCGCGCGUGCUUCUUUCCGCACAGCGGAAUGGUGGCGGGGGACUGGGACCCCGAGGACAUGGCCGAGCGCGCGGAGCGCAUUCACCGCCUGCGGAGCAGACGGAUGAAGGGGGCAGGGGAAGGGGGGACGGCGGAGGAAGUGGCGGAAGAUGCGCAAGGGGAACUGGGGAGCGGGGAAGCUGGGGGGAGCUCCGGGAAAUCGCCGCGGAAGGGGGGAGUAAGACAAGGCAACGGUAACAAGGACGAAGCAGAAAGGAAAGAGCAGGGAGCAGCUGUUGGCGGUGGAGAUCCUAAUAGCGCGGAGGUUGAUAACGAGGAUGACCAAGGCAGCGACGAGGGCAUGGCUUUAGACGAUGAAAUCCGCGAGCCGAGCUCGUUAAUGGAAGCAAUAGCUCUUAGGCGGUCCCUGCAGCGAGUAAGGGAUGAGGAGGACGCAGGGAGGGUUGACUGCGGCGAGAGGGGAAGAGAGGGAAUGGAAGGAGAGAGUGGGGGAGGUAACGGGGAGAGGGAUGCGCGUGAGGCAAGGGGGGGUGCGAUUCAGGGCUUGGGGAUUCACGGAGGGGGGCGAAAGGGGGAAGGUGUGGCGGAGGCGGGGAGAGAGGAGGUAUGGGGAAGGGAGGGAGAGAGGGAGAAGGAAAGGGUAGGGCAUGGGGAGGGGAUGGUGUGUGAGAGGAGGCGGAGCAGGAGCGGCAGUGGGAGUGUGAGGAGCAGUCUGUGUAGCAUAGAGGAGGAUGAGGGGGACAACGCUGAUCGUAGCACAGCUCUUUCCACUCAUUCUCGAGAUGUCUUUUCAAGCCACGCUGCUGCAAGUAGCGCAUCUGACACUAACGAUUUUCCAGUGGCGAAUGAUGCGGCAUGCAUGAACCUGGGAGGAAUGGCGGGUGAUAAGGAAGGAAAAGAAGGCAGGGAAGGGCAGGUAGGUUCGGAAGGGACGGAAAGGGCGGAAGGGCAGGUGCCACCUGGGGCAGGGCGUAUUGCUGAAGGGCGGUUCCCAGACAUGCCGCCGGCAGGGCACAUGCGGGGCCGAGGAGGGAGUGAAGGAGCGGAGCUGGUCCGCGUUUCACCUGGCAGAUCACCUGGCAUGUCGCCUGCCUUUUCACCUGGGCAUCCGGCUUCGCCAACUCCUGCGUUUUCACCUGGGCACUCACCCUCCGGGACCCCUGCCCGAUCACCCCUGCGCCCUCCCCGCCCAUCUCGGUCGUCAUCUCUCUCAGAAGGAAGGCUGGAAGUGAAGCAAGAUGGUCGCUCAGGCAGCCCUGCUGCUGCCCGUACCCAAUCCAUAUCAGCCUCGGCAUCAGCCUCGGUAUCAGCCUCGGCAUCAGCCUCGGUAUCAGCCUCGGCAUCAGCAUCGCUGUCGCCAUCCAUGUCCCCAUCACGCCUCCUAGCAGGCAUGCCGUCGCACCCCUCGCCAAAUAUCCCCGUGUCCAAGUCUGGAUUUGAUCUCCCCCCUGCCGCCCACUCUUGGGCACCCGCCACCACCUCACACGCCUCCCCUCCUUCCUCCCACUUCCACCUUGCUCCCUCCGUUACACAGCAACAGCAGCAGCAACAGCAGCAGCAGCAGCAGCAUCAUUCCAAGUCACUUUUAGAUGGGGCAAGCACCACUGUAGAUCCCAUGGUGACUGUAAGGAGGGUUCCCAGGGUCCCGGGGGGCAAGGGGGGCUGGAGGGACGCUGCUGCUGCAGGAGGAGACGAUUUUGGGCUUGGAACCUCAGGAGGUUCGGCAGAAACAGGUUCGGCAGCGGGAGGCUCGGGACUCCGAGGCUCGGUUCUGCAAUCCCGGUCGUUCCGAGGAGGCUCGGCCGGAGCUGCGAUGGCUGCAGCUGCAGCAGCAGCGGCAGCGGCUGUAGCAGGUGGGGGUGGGGCAACGGGUGCUAAUAGCCCGUUGCUGCAGGCUAAGAGAAGACAGGCAGGAUCAAGUUCUAUGAGAGGGAAGAGUUUAGCAGCGUUGGAUUUUGAAAGGAUGCUGGCGAGUGGGGGAGUCGAGAGGAGAGGGGGCGGUGAUGGUGGUGGUGGCGCUGCUGGUGGUGGCUUGGGUGGUGGUAUGGGAAGAGGAGUGGAUGGAGAGGGGGAGGAUUCGGAGUGGGAAGGGAGAUUGGAGCUCGAGGAGUGGGAGAGGGCGAGUGGGAUUGGAGUGAGGGGGAUUGGAAAGAGGGUCAUUGGAGUGAGGGAGGCGGGAGUGAGGGAGGAUAAGGCAGGAGGUGAAGGGCUUGGGGAGGAGGAGGUUCGAAGACCACCAGGGGACGCACUGUUGCUUCCAGCGGAGGCUGGCCAGUCAGCAUUCGAGGGGGCAAUUUUUGAGUUGACCCAAAAGGUUGGGGAGGAGGAGGUUCGAAGAUCACCAGGGGAAGCAGUGUUGCUUUCAGCGGAGGCUGGCCAAUCAGCGUAUGACAGGGUGGGUGGGGGACUUGGAUGGGAGACUCUGGGGGAAAAACGUGAUGCAGGGAGUUUGCAAGGGGGAGAGAGGAGUCUGCAAGGGGGAGGGGAGAGUUUGCAAGGGGGAGGGGGGAGUUUGCAAGGGGGAGUGGGGAGUUCGCAAGGGGGAGGGGGGAGUUUGCAAGAGGAAGAGGGGAGUUUGGCAGUGCAGGCGUGUGGAAGCAGAGAGGAGAUUUCUUAUGGGGCGCCUCAAAAGUCGUCUGCUGCGUGUGAGGGGAGUGAGAGUGGAGGCCGAGAGGGAGGAGGCGAAGUGCAAGGCGUGGUGGAGGAGGAAGAGGAUGAAAAGAGUAGGGAGAGAAGGGAGAGGAGGGAGAGGAGGGAGAGGAGGGAGAAGAAGGAGAAGGAGAGGAAAGAAAGAAGAGAGAAGGACGGAGAGAAGAGGGUGGAAAAAGAAGCAGCGACUGCAGGGAUUGGAGGGGAAGAGGGAGGAGCAGGACAGGAAGUGGGGGGAGUGAGGGAGGGAGAGGGGGGAGUGGGGGAGGGAGAAGGGAGAUUGGUGGGAGGGGAAACGGAGAGGGACGGGGACAGGAGUGCGGCAGUGCGUGUAUUAAGUGGUAGAAGUGAUAGUGUGGGAAGUGGCAGUGUGAUAAGUGACAGUAUGAGGAGUGAUACUAUGAGAAGUGAGGAUAUCAAGAGAAGCAACACGAUGAGAAGUGAGACGAUGAAACGGAAUAGCAUGAGAAGUGAUAGUAUGAGAAGCAACAGUGGCAAAGCUCUAAGGAAGAGCAGGAGUACUAAGGGUGAGGAUAGGGUCAAGACAGAGAAGAAGCACAAGGUAAAGAAAGCCACCAGUGGCGAUGCUGCUGUUGCUAUUAGCCCUAGCAGCAACGCAUCAAGGUCUGUAGAGAGGACUGACAGUAACGCAGCAAGCUCUAUAACGAGGACAGAGAGCUCUGUAACGAGGACAGAGAGCAAUGCGAGUACUAGCUUCGAUACAGGAACUUGCGGUAGCAUCAGCCCCAUGGAAAGCCCUAGCAGUAGCUGGAAGGAGGGUGACACUAGUGGGCGGGAGCUUGGCAGGAGCGCGAGGGAGCGUGGUGGUAGCAGGAGGGAGGGCGGCAGUGGUAAGGGAACAGGGGAGGUUGUGAGUCCCAGCAGUGGUGAUGGGAGGAGGAUAGGGAAGAGUAGUAGUAGGGGAACGGGGCAGAUUGUGAGUCCGAGCAGUGGUGACGGGAGGAGGAUGGGGAAGAGUAGCAGCAGACGGAAUGGGGUUGCUGGUGGGGAUGAGGAGGGCGGAGGUGAGGUUUCAUCUAGGAGAAGGAAAGAUGGGAGGAGGGAAGGGAGGAAGGAAGGGGAGAAAAGGGAUGGGGGAGGGGACGGGAAGGGGAAGGAUGCAAAGGGGAAGGAGAAGAGGGAGGAAGUGGAGAGAUUGGAAGAGGAGAAAAGAGGAGGGAAAGAAGAGUGUACGAUCGAAGAGGGCAGAAUUGGAGGGGAUAGGAUUCAAGAGGAUAGGGAUGAGGUGGAGGGGGGUGGAGAGGCAGAAUCAUCGGAAGGUGUGAUAGAGUGGACCAAGCUAGGAGUCGUGAAAGGGAGGGAGAAGACGAGGGAGAAAGAGAGAGAGCAGGAGAGGGGGACAAGGAGAGAGAAGGAGAGAGAGAAAGGGAGAGAGAAAACAAGAGUGGGGGAGGCAGAGGAGGGGAGUGUAGCAGAGGGAGAGGGAGCAGCAGAGGCAGCCACCACUGAAGCUGGGCUGUCUGGAAAACUCACAGAGGGAGCAACUCCUGCUGCUGCUGUUAUGCCUGGUUUGCCUCGAGAUUUCACCAUGGCAGAUUUGGGCGCUUCUCCUGAGACGUCUCAACGGGGUGCUGCUGCUGUCAUGCCCGGUUUGCCUCGAGAUUUCACCAUGGCAGAUUUGGGCGCUUCUCCUGAGACGUCUCAACGGGGUGCUGCUGCUGUCAUGCCCGGUUUGCCUCGAGAUUUCACCUUGGUGGACCUGGGCAAGCCUUUUGAGUCCGCUGAAAAGGGUGCUGCUGCUGCUGCUGUUUCUGUACCGGGUUUACCUCGGGAUUUCACUAUGGCAGAUUUGGGGAAGGCGGGGCCAGGAGUGGGGUUAACAGGGUCAAGUGGGUCAACUGGGUCAACGGGUUUUUCAGAGCUAGCAAGUCCAGCAAAUUUAUCAGGUUCAACCGGGUCAACGCAGGUCAACAGCAUACUGGUCAAUGACGGACAGGUCAGCAACGGCAGCGGACAGGUCAGCAACGGACAGGUCAGCAGCGGCACGGACGAGUUUGACUUUGUGAGUCCAUUGCUUUCAGUGCGCGUCCCAGUGCGCCCCCUCUCCUCGCUCUCCACCGUAUCUAACACCUCAGAACCCCAUUCUGAACGCUCAGUACCCCCCUCCACCGCCACAGGACCUCUUACUGUUCCAGGCGAGGAACUGAGAGGAGGAGUCAUGUCCCAAGGGAGGCCAGAGGUGGAAGAAGAAGCGGACGCUCAGGAGGGGAUGGGUUCAGAGCUCGUGUUCAAAGGCAAGAAGAUUCGAGUGAGAAGCGAGCAGGAGCAAUGCGAUGCUCACAGUGGCCAGGAGGUGCUGGCCGAGCAGCGCGAGCAGGGCGCGCAGGGCGAGCAGGGCGAGCAGGGCGAGCAGACCUGUGAGGCGCCUCAAAAGCAGGCAGAGCAGGGCAGACAGGAUGAUGAGCAGGGCGAGGGCGACCCUAUGACAGGCGGUCUCCAAGCCCCUCAACACGAUCCCCACCUGCCUCCUCUCAACACGGUUCAGCCCACCACUCGCCCCACCAGUUCUGGUUUCCAGUUCCGCCCUCUACUCCUCUCAGCCCCCUCGGAUUCCCCAGGCCCCUCAGGCCCCCCGGGUUUCGCAGGCUUCUCAGGCUCCUCCCAGCGCUCUUCUCCCCCCACACCCUUUGGCUUCACCGGCACCAGCAGCAGCAGCGGCGGCGGCGGUGGCGGCGGUGGUGGGGGUGGUGUGAGUGGUGUGAGAGAUGGGCAGCACUGGGAUCAUCAUGGGCCUUCAGGUGCUGCUGCUGCUGCUGGGGGUGGGUUUCUAGCAGGGGGUGCAGCAGGGAGCAGCAGUAAGUGGCAGUGUGGUCGGGAGUUUGGGCCGAUAGGGGCGGCUAGAGUGAGGGCUCAGAGGUGCAGGGAGCACUGGACUCUGCUGUUCAUGGAUCUGCUCGAUCUGAUGCUCAAACGGACGGCUGGAGAUGAGUCUGUGGACAAUGAGGGCGAUCUGAUGGUGAAUCGGACGGCUGGGGAUGGGUGUGUGGGUGGGGAGGGGGGUGGUGGUGGUGUAGGGUGGGGGCAUGAGGGGAAGCGAUGGGAGGGGGGUCAGGAUGAGUGGGUGACUGAGGAUGCUUGUAAGGGGUAUAAGAGGGGUGACGAAGGGGAGGAGGGUAGAGAGGAGGUGUAUAGGGAAGCAGACUUAGCAGGGUUAGGGUUCGCACGCAUUCAAGAUGACCUGGCUGAAGCUGCUGGGAUGCUGGCAGGGGUGGGGCCGGGGUCUGCUUUUGAGUCGACUCAAAAUCUAGCAGGGGUGGGGCCGGGGUCUGGGAGACAGGAGGAGACGUGUGGGGGGGAUGAGGUGGGGAGCGGCGUAGUGUUAAGUGGGAGGGAAGCUGGGAACGGGAACGGGGGGAAGAGUGGUGGUGGGUUGGCUGGGCCUGUUUCCAGGCCUCAACGGUGGCUCAGCAUGGAAGCUGGUGCAGUUGCUGCUGCCGGUGCCUAUGGCAGUGGUAGUAGGGGCAGAGGAGCGGGGGAGCGUGAGGGGGACGAGGAGGAGGAGGAGCAGGAGGGGGCGUAUGGGAAGUCGCUGACAACAGCAGCAGUGGAAGGGGGCAGCGGCCGCAUGGCCUAUGCAGGCGACGGGAGGGGGCGAGGGGUGGGCAGAGGCAGAGGCGGGGAGGAAGGGGCGGGGAGAGGGGCAGAGGGGCGGCCUGUGCUGGCAGCACCUGCAGCAGCGGCGGCGGUGCGUGUGUUUGUCGUCGAUUUCGCCCAAGGGUCUGCUGACGCACCAAUAGCAGGAGCAGCGAAUCUCCCCGCAGCUGCACCCCCAACACCACCAGCAGAGCGGGGAUACACAGACCAGUUCCUCGCCUCGCGCUGCCACCACGACAACAUCCUCGUUUUUGUCGGCCUCGCUGCAGCGGUGAGCGUGUGGCGCCCCGCUACAGCCGCCCUCAUUCUCCUGCGCCUGCUCGACCGCAUCGCCUUCUUCGAGCUACAGCUGGAGCGAGAGCAGGCUGUAGCGGCAGCUGUAGCAGCAUCCGCAGCUGUUGCUGCCGCCGGCGCUGGUGCUGGUACUGGUGGUGGUGGUUAUCAAAGGCUGGGAUCGGUUAGGGGAGGAAGUGCAGGUGCAGCAGGGGGGGGAGUGGGGAGCUUGAGGGGCUCUCCUCGUGCCGCUGUGCCUGUGUCACGGUCCUUUGCACCUAUCGGUCACAACCGCACACCCAGCAUGCAGUUAAUGCAGCAGCAGCAGCUGAUGCUUCUUCAGUUCAACCCAGACGCAGACGAACCUGUUUCUCACAAAUCCACCGCUCUGCACCCCUCUCACCGACCCCCCAGCUCGAGCUUCGGCGGCGCCACCUCCGGCAGAGGCUCGGAGAGUUCCGAAGCUGUCUGGGAACCCAUGUCCCUAGCAGCUAUGGCAGAGGUAGCACUAGCAGAAGGGCUUGCAGCUGCCACCCACUCGAGCCUGGAGGAACGGUGUGAGGAGCAGGAUCGGCUGUACCUACAGCUCAGCCUCGGCCCGGGCCUGCUGGGGAUGACCCUGGCGGCGACGAUGAGGGAACUUGAGCAUAUACACCCGGACGACAGCAUGGCAAUUGCGAGUCUAGCCCAGGAAUUAGGGUUAGACGAGGCGGCGUUUCAUGCCGCACUGAGGGCCGUUUCCAGUGGGAGGCUCAAGGCUGCUGGGUUCGAUCGGGUGAUUGGAAUGGUGUUUACAGGUAGAGGGGUUGAGUCGGUUACAAUGCGGUUUGCUAGGCUGGCUGCUGCGGUGAAAACGGCCCAGUUCUGGGGGUCUGGGGGCCCUGGGGCGGGAGAGGGGGCCCAUCUCUCUCCCCUCUCCUCUCCUAAUACAGGAGGGAGGAGUGCUGGGGGAGCAGCGCAAGGGGGGAGGAGCGCAGGAGCAAGCAGUAGUAGAGGUGGGGGGACAGGCUCAGACGCUGCCGUCAAGGCAGAUCCAGAUAUUACCUCCCCUAGAGCAGCAGCAGCAGCAGCAGCAGCCAAAGCUGCCGCCUCUGAUCCUCUCUCCCCCUCUUCCACUUCCUCUCCUGCUCUCUCUGGUUCAACAGUUCCCUCAGCCUCCCCCUCCCCGUCUCUCUCCGCGGCUGCUCCUGGUUGGGCUGCUGCUGCCUUUGCAGUUGCCUCUAGUUGGGGCUCUGCGCUUGCCUCCCAGGCUAGUUCCGGAGCUGCAGCUGCAGCAGCAGGCUCGGGGAAAGGCUCGGCGACAGGGUCGGUGGGUGGGUUGUGGGCGGCUGGCAGAGCAAGCGCUCCUGGGGUUAGUGCUAGCUUAAGCGGUGCCUCAGGUGGUUCUUCAGGUGGUGCCCCAGGUGGUCCUUCAGGUGCCGGCAACAAUGCUGAUGCCACUGGUCCAAGCGCUGGUGGUAGUGGUGUCGAACUGGUAGUAAGGGAGGGGAGGAGGCGGGGAGGGAGCGAAGGCGAGGUGGGAGCAUGGCUCAGCGAAGGGGUGGCAGCAGAGGAGGGGCGGGAGGACGGGGAGGCAUUAUCUGGUGCGGGUAGAUCCAAGCCAGGGCACGCCCGGGGCAAGAGUGACAUUCCUACGCUGUGGCUGGGGGGAGGGAGCGGCACCAGCGGAAGUGGCACCCUUUCUUCCCCUUCUGCUGCUGCUGCUGCUGCAGCAGGGGGAGGAGGAGGGGCGAGAGGCUGGGCUGGAAGUUUCUUCUCCAGCACCCCCCACGGAAGCCCGAGAGGUGCUGGCGGUGCUGGUGGUGCUGGUGCUGGCGCAGCAGGGAAUUGGGGGGGAGCUGCUGGGAUGGGCCCAGGCGGGGGUCUAGGAGGGGGGAUGGGAGGCGGAGUGGGUAAGACUGGCACUGGCACCGGCAUGGGCACAGGCCUGGGCAGUGGCACGGGUACGGGCAGCAAGCCGUCGAGUGCGGUGUUCUUGACUCCGCGCACCUCCCAGCAGAACUCGUACGUGGCGGAGUUUGUGGAUGCGAUGCUGCGCAGCGAGGUGAUGCGCCGGCAGCACGCGUGGGCGUACGAGCUGCUGCUCAACUUCCUCAGGAUCAACAGCCGAGGGGCGCCCAUGGAGGAAAGAGAGCUCAACCUCUGCGCGCAGGUGCUACUCACCAAGUGGCUGGGCGAGGGCGAAGUUGGUGAGAUGGAGGAGAGGGCAGUUCACAAGAUUGAGGGAAUGGACGACCCGGGCGUGCAGGUGGGGUGGCCCAUGUGGGUGCGCGUGGGCCGCCUCGUGGAGCGACAGUACGACCUGCCGCGCCUGCUGCGCGCCAUGCAGAGCCUCUCCAUCUGGUUCAACUAUGAUGAACUGGAGGAGGACGGCAAGUGCAGCAGUGCCACUGUCUCUUCUGUCUUUGACUGGGGCCUCGCCGGCCUGCUACAGGACCUGCCGCCCGGAGACGACGCCGCCCAGUCGCUGCUGGACGUCCUCGACCCAGAAGAUGACGAAUGGAUCGACGUCUCGCUGGCCGUUGCCGCCCGGAUGGCGCUGCCGACCGGCAACUGGUGGCCGGUGCAGGGCGGCGGAGGGGUGGCAGGGUUUGUCGCCAAGCUGCUCUCUCUGAUAGAAGAAUGCGGUGAGCCCACCCCCCAGCAGCAGAGCAGGGCUGUGCAGGUGGCGCUGAGGCUGUGGAGCUGGGCCAUGCCCAAGCGGGAGCAGCUGCAGGAGCAGUGUGAGACGGAGGAGGAGCUGAUGGAGGUGUGGCAGCGGUCGGCCUCAGCCAUAUGGCGAUCCGUGGCGUGUGGAGGUAUGCUGCUAGGGGCUGGGGACUGGUUGGGGGGAAGGGGGAAAAGGGCUCCAGUGGUGGGGAGCUGGGGAGGGGAAUGCUCCCAUGCUGAAAACCCCUAUCUACUUCCCUUUCAUUUCAUCUCCCCUUUCACUCCCCCUUUCAGCUCCCCCUUUCAAUUCCCCCUUUCAGAAGCCCCUUUCAACUCUUUCCACUCCCAUUUCACCUCAACCUUCACUCCCCCCCUUCCCAAUCCCCAUCUCAACCCCGAAUCCCGCUCAGAAAUGGCUCCAGAGCCUUGA